AUGCUUCAUGCUCUCUUGUGUUGCUUCUCCUCCAACUCCAGUUCAAGCCUCAACAACAACAAUAUCGCCUGUUUGUUCCUUCGCUUUAUCUUCAUCGCCGCCGACACCAUGCGCCCCGGCCUCUACAGUUGUGAGCCAUGUCUCAGAAGAGCCAUGGACUGGUUUCCCAGUGAGGCAAACUUGAAGAAGAUCCCAAAGAUCUGUAUCGAUGAGGACGGCUUCAACAGAGAGGAGUUUCGUUGCGAAUUCUGCGAUGGCUACCAAGGAGAUGACAUGGAUGAGAGCUACACGGGUUGCGACGGCGGUACUCCACGCAUGGGAAGCCUACUCGAACGCUUCAUCAAGCACAUCAAAGGUAAUCGCCGCGUCACCAAGGAAGCUUACGAAUCCAACCCAAAGACCAUCCGCCUUCGGAAGAAGGCCCGUCGUGCUAUCGCAUCGCACUCGAACAGAUCUGAUGCCUACACUAUGAAGGACCAUCGCGCCGAGCACGAGCGUGCCGUUGCCACCAACACUCUCUCAACCUUGAUCGACAUUAGCAACAGUCUGCGGGUCAUCGCCCAGUGCACUCUCCACACCAGUUGUUUGGACCGUGGUUUGAACCGUGGUAACACCGAGCUCAUCGACAUGUCCCCUCGCUGUGGCCCCGAGGAGAUGCCUGAGGAGUGUCUCUGGAAGUUCCCUCUGGACGAGAAUGAGGAUGAGGAGAACUAA